AUGGGGGUUGAAGAAAACCCUCCUACUCUUCAUCUCAGAACGGCGGCCGUUAGUUACAGAAACAAAACUUCCCUCUCUUUCAAUUUCGAUUCUGAUGGAAGCUUGUCUACAGAAACAACACCACUCUCUUCCUUGCUCUCGCUUCCUUCUACUACAUCUGCAACAUUAGAAUCACCAGCAGCAGCAGCGGAUGCAAUAAAAAUCGCAUUUUCUCGGUUUAACAACAAUGGGUGUCGAGAUUCGAAGUUCCUUCGAACAGUUGGUGGGCAAACCGAUUUGUACUCUAGAAAUAGGGCUUGCUGUGGGAUGAGGGGAAAUGGAGGAAGAAGAUGA